AUGCUGCCCGCCACUUCUCAGGCCUUCCGGGCCGGUGCCCGACGAGCCGCUCCCCGUGUCGCUGCUGCUCGCGCCAACGCCAGUGUCAAAAUCGCCGCUCCGACCACGCUCCGAUCCAUCAACGCCCGAGCUAUCUCGACCACAUCGCGAGCUCUGGCCUCGUCGCCUAGUAGGGAUAGAACUCGGGAGAUUGUUGCGCAGACUAUCAACAGCAUUGGCAGCAAGCGGGAGGGUGAGCAAUACCUCAAGCUCUUCACCUCGGUCGAGUCCCAGAAGUUUGCUGUUAUCAAGGUCGGCGGUGCCAUUCUUACCGAAUACCUCGAUGAGCUUUGCCGUAGCAUGCUCUUCCUUUACGAACUUGGCCUAUACCCGGUCGUAGUGCAUGGUGCCGGUCCUCAACUCAACCGGCUCUUGGAGGAGGCCGGCGUUGAGCCUCAAUUCGAAGAGGGUAUCCGAGUCACCGAUGCCAAGACUCUUGGAGUGGCUCGCAAGCUUUUCCUCGAGGAGAACUUGAAGCUUAUUGACCGUCUUGACGAGCUAGGUGUUGCUACUCGAUCUAUUAGCGGCGCUUUUAUGGCCGAUUACCUCGACAAGGAGAAGUGGCAAUACGUCGGAAAGAUCACAAAGGUCAACAAGGAAGCGAUUGAGAAAUCCAUCGAAGCUGGCUACGUCCCUGUUCUCACUUCUAUGGCCGAAUCUGAGGAUGGUCGUCUGCUUAAUGUCAACGCUGACGUAGCCGCCGCUGAGCUCGCACGAGCCCUUGAGCCCCUGAAGGUCGUCUACCUGUCGGAGAAGGGUGGUUUGUAUGACGGCGAUGGCGAGAAGAUUUCUGUCAUCAACCUGGAUGCUGAAUUCGACAACCUGAUGAGCCAGCCCUGGUGUAGAUACGGAACCCGACUUAAAAUUCGGGAAAUUAAGGACCUGCUUGAUACCCUCCCUCGUAGCUCCUCCGUCGCCAUUAUUCACCCCAGUGACUUACAAAAAGAGCUAUUCACUGAUUCCGGUGCCGGUACUCUCAUCCGCCGAGGAGACAAGGUCCGGAAGAUCUCCUCUCUCGACGAGGUUGAGGAUCUCGACAAGUUCAAGCAGACUCUGGUCCGUGACCGUGAGGGUAUAGAUGCCGAGGCCACUGUUGACCGCUUCGUUGAUCUGCUCAAGAAGAAGGAUUUUAACGCCUACUAUGACGAUGGCAUGCAGUGCUUGGCUGUCGUCCUGCCUGCCAGUGAGGAGCAACCCAUCGCCACACUUGCUACCCUGAACAUCACCAAGUCUGGCUGGCUCAGCAACAUCGCCGAAAAUGUCUUCGCUGCCAUCAAGAAGGACCACCCUAGCUUGGUCUGGACUGUCAGUGAAGAGGACGAGAAUCUGACUUGGUUCUUCGAGAAGGCCGAAGGUACCUUCAACAGGGACGGUAAUGUUCUGUUUUACUACGGAUGCGAUCUCCGCUCCGAAGCACUUGUCCCUGUAUAUGAGGACUUCAAGGCCCAUGGCCGAGCCAUGCUCGGUGACUCAAACCUCGAAGCUAGACUUCGCAGCGCUGCUAAGACUACAAGCGAGAAGCUGAACGCGCAGAGCCGCUCCUAG